GUCAUUUGCGGAGCAGCACUUGGCGAGGAAGGACCAUUCGGGGAGCUCCCAGUUCCGGCACCAUCUCGAAUCCAAUGCAGUGGUCCGGCUGACCAACUGCUGCUGUCUGGAUGCAAUGAAGCCGAGGAAAUCGGCCUUUGCCAAUUCUUCCACGGGAUACGGCAGGAACAAGCACGGUAAAGGACACUCCGGCAAGGAUAAAGCCGAGGGUGGUGGUAGGGGCAAGAGCCGGGAGGAGAAGGAUAAGGAUAACAAGCAUGAGCAGAAGCAGAAGGUGGACGACAAGGACGACAAGGAUCUAAAUUCCGGCUUCGGCGACUAUCUUCGCACUCCGGAGGCAUUUGAAAUGAUGAAGCUAUUUGUCUUCGCCAAUACCGUAAUGCUAAUUGUCACCAUGGCCUGGCCGCACAUCAAGGAACAAUUCUACAUGGUUAAUCAAUGGCUCGAAAGCUUCCGCGAGGAGCAUCAGCAGUGAAAUCCGAAGGCUCUAUCGAAAGAAUAAGCAAAUCAGGUCGAGGGCUGCAAAAUGGUCGGUCCCUUCAUGCAGGGCCUCUUCCUGAUUGGCAUCAUCUACUGGUAUUCCAAGGGGAUGAUGUCCAUGAUCAACGACUACUAUAGAAGUGAGUUCCAGCGGAAGUUGCAAACGGAACCAGCGAAGGCGAAGGCAGAGGCGCCCAUCAAUGUGGACAACUUUAUGGAUUACGUUAGGGACUUGGACACUCCGGACGAGGUGGCUAGAAGACCGGCGGAUGAAACUGAAACUGGAACUGUGCAUAUAGGAAGGACCUAUUGCCACAUCCUUCUACGAUUUCUGGAGAUUACCGGUGCUCUACCACCUUUAGAUGUUUGCCUCACUACGAGCAACAUUAGAUAGCCCAUCAUAUAAUUAUAAAGUAUCCCUCAUAUUUAGUGUAUUUUAUAUGAACUUCGUAGAAUAAAGUAU